UUCUCUCCGUAUCUUUUUCUUUUCAGCCUUGCUCGCUUUACUUUUCUCUUUCGAUAUAUAGUUUUUUCAUUCUCCAUCCUUUUUUAGCUGUUUUUCUGCUUGCGUUGGGAACCGCUCCCACUUAUUCCCUACAAAGUCCAAACUUUUCCUUUUGUCAGUAAAUCGCAGUUUAAAAAGCUUCCCUUCCUCGUUUCUCCGUCUUUGAUCUCUCUGUCUUUUUCUUUUUUCUCCUUUGCCUCCUCUUUGAGACUUGGAAAAUGUCAUGGAGCUUCCCAACUCUGAUUUCUUAACAAACUAUCCUCUCUUACUUUUUUAAUGGGCAAGGGCAACUGCCUUCUCUUGGUUUUUUAUUCCAUAUAUCUUCCAUGAUUCCGAAGGUUCUUCUCUUUUAAGUUUCCCAAUUGUGAUCUGCACGCCUCUGUUUCCUGUAAAUUUCCACUAGUGUUUUGAAAAUGGAUUUUAUGAACUACACAUUCAAAUACCAUCUUUGCUUUCUUUGCUUCAAUGCUUUCGCCCUAUAAAAUUGAGGGCUGGAUUCAUAUGUUGCUUCGACUCUUUGAGAUCCUCCUCUAGAAUUUCUGCUCUUCAAAGCUUCUGCUUCCCUUUUAUUCUUCAAUAUGGCAGAAGGUACUAAAGUCCGAGUUGUUCGCUGCCCGAGGUGCGAGAAUCUUCUACCGGAGGUCCUUGAUUAUUCGGUAUAUCGAUGUGGUGGAUGCGGUGCUGUUCUUCGAGCAAACAAUCAAACAUCUGCAACUGAUGGGUUAUCGGAAGAAGAGAGGGUUAGAGGAAAUGAUGAUUCUGCAAAACUGGAGAGUUCCUCCCAGAAGAGUGGAGUUACUUUGACUGACGCCGCCUCGGAGACGGGAAGGGAGAGCUAUGGAUUGGAGCGUAGGAGGUCAAGGGAGAAAUCCUUGCCAGAAAAGUCUUUUAAUUCAAACACUAGUACUUCGCUUACGCUUGAAAGCAGGGAGGAUACCAGCGAUUAUAACGGAGAGAGGGGGGUUGAAUCCUUGGUGUUCAUGUUCAACCAUAUGGGUGCAGAGAAGGAAGCUGGGUGCGAUGGUGGUAGUAGGUAUACGCAUCCUUCAAAAGCUCCGGCCGAGGGUGAUGAGAGAAUCAAUAUGAACGUGGAUGAAUUUUCUAGGCCUCGCACGGAUAAAGAAAUUGGAGAAGUUGAAGCCCAAACUGAAAAUGCAAAUGGAUUACAGGGACAUCGGAAAGCUCAAGAUUGGCGGCGGAGUGGGGAAAGAGAUGGGUCUUUGGCUUUUAGAAGACCCCCUAGGGCUGUAGUUGAAGGUUUGAGAUAUUCAAAUUCCUUCUAUCCAGAGGAAGGCCCUUCGAACUACCACCUUGCUUCUUCUUAUGGCUAUGCUGAGUCCAUAAGGAACCAGGGCAAUGAAGAUGGGUAUAAAAGAGUUGAGUACCUUGAACAAGAUCGUGCAGAGCUUCUAAGAAAGCUGGAUGAGCUGAAGGAUCAACUUAAUAGAUCUUUUGAUGUGUUGGAUAAGCCGAAAGAAAGGCAUGCUGUGGAUAGAAGGAUGACCCAUCCAGAUCUUUAUGGUGGACGUGAUCCCUGGUUUCCUGAGGGCUUGGCCGGAUCAAGUAGGUCUUCUAGGCAGCCCUUUUUUCCAGAUAAUCACAUUCCAAGGCCCUCUUGUUUUAACCAUGGCCAUGAAUCUGUUCCAUUGAUGAGUAGGCUUGAUGUGGAUUUGCAGAACUAUUAUCCUCCACCAAUGCAUGCUCCAAAUGACAUUGCAGGAUACAGGGACCCUUUUGGGCCACCGAUGCUCAGAAGAACUCCCGACCAGUUCCCUCGCCAAUAUGACCAACGACCAUCCCAUGAUUACUUUUCUGGGAACCACAUGGAUAUUGAUUCUGAUCCUAUGGCUGUCUAUCCCCAUAAUACCUUCUUUCACCAUCCAGCAUGUUCUUGUUUACAGUGCUAUAACAAACAUCGGAAAGUACCAGCACAGCCUGCAGCUGCAGUUUCCCGUAAUAGAAGGCUCUCCAAUGCCCCAAUUGAUCCCAUGUCCAAUCAGCUUGAGACCCCUAGUGCAUUUGGUCCACCAGGUUACACUCCCAAAGGUGCUGAUCCUCCAUGGCAUUCUCUUGAACCACAGUUCCAUACAAGAAGGCCAAGGGGCCCUGAUUUGGACAUGGAUGAUUUUGGCCGGGCCCAUUCAGGAGGGAUGGUGAUAGCAAAUGUGACGGGGCACCGUUGUCGUCCCAUAGCUGGUGGUGCACCAUUUAUAACUUGCUACAGUUGCUUUGCAUUGCUACAACUGCCAAGAAGACCUUCUCUGGUGAAGACUAAUCAACAGAAACUGAGGUGUGGUGCUUGCUCUACAAUAAUGUCACUAGCAGUUGAGAACAAGAGGCUUGUUGUUUCUGUUUCUGCACAGACCACACAAAUUUUGCAAAUAUCUCCAGAUGCUGAAAAUAGCUCAGGUGAGAUGGUUAAAGGUUGUUCAGAUUCUCAUAACCAUGUCAAACUGGAUGGCAUAAACUCUUCUGAAGACUACGACAGUUCAGGUUAUAACUUUCAGUCCAUGGAUACUGAGCAAGUUUUUCCAUCAAAUGACCCAACAUUGGAUUUGAACAAGUCUCAGAAGAUCCAUAUCCUACACUCUUCAUCAUCCAGUUCUUCUGAGGACAUGGAGAGCCAUGAUAGCGUGAUUGCUCAGACAGACGUAUCCAGCUCAGUGGAGCUGUCUCUGAAAGCUAGCCUGACUCCACCACUUCCAGGUUCACCUCUUCAGGAGCAUUUUGAUUUUUCAUCUGCUGGUCGUGCUGUGAGCAGAUUUGGAAAGGGAAAUUUGAGUAAACGAUCAGAUCAUGAGAAGGUGAUUUCUAAUAUGGAUACUUUCAGACAAGAUUCCAUACAAGAUGCAUCAGCAGCAACGGAGACAGAGGUUUCAUUCAAUGGUUACUCAAAUACUGGGAUGUCUCAGGAUUCUGGAGAUGUAAGCGGAGAUCUACCUAGGAUCAAUAAGGGGGGUCAAUCGUUCUUUGCGGGUCUUAUAAAAAAGAGUUUUAGAGACUUUUCUAGAUCUAAUCAAACAGCAGAGAAUGACAGAAGUAAUGUCUCAGUUAAUGGGAAGCCUAUACCAGAUCAUUUGGUUAAAAAGGCUGAGAAGAAAGCUGGAUCAAUUCAGGCUGGACAAUACUGGUAUGACUUCAAUUGUGGAUUUUGGGGUGUGAUGGGCCAUCCUUGUCUUGGCAUAAUUCCUCCAUUUAUUGAAGAAUUCAAUAUUCCCAUGCCUAAGAACUGUGCUGGUGGAAAUACCGGGGUUUUUGUGAAUGGGAGAGAACUUCAUCAGAAAGAUCUAGAUUUACUUGUUAGCAGGGGGCUUCCAAAUACUGCAGGUAAAUCUUAUAUUAUUGAGAUCUCUGGCAGAGUUUUGGAUGAGGACUCUGGUGAAGAGCUGAAGAGCCUUGGCAAACUUGCCCCAACAGUUCAGAAGGCAAAACAUGGAUUUGGCAUGCGGGUUCCAAGAGUCCUGUGUAAAUGAUGUUCUUGCUGGGUCUACUAAGGCUUCAGCUGCUAUUGAUAUGGGGAAGAAGUUGAAGUAAUUCCAAGAGUCCUGCACAAAUGAUGGUCUUGCCAGGUCCAGUACAGCUUCAGCUGCUAUUGAUAUGGGGAAGAACUUGAGGUAAUUCUAAGAGUCCUGUGCAAAUGAUGGCCUUGAUGGGUCCACAAAGGCUUCAUAUGCUAUUGAUAUCGGGAGGAACUUGAGGUAAUUCUGAGAGUCCUGCGCAAAUGAUGGUCUGGCUGGGUCCACAAAGGCUUCAGAUGCCAUUGAUAUGGGGAAAACCCUGUGCAAAUGCUGGUCUUGCCGUCUUUCGAAUCCACUAGGGCUUCAGCUGCUAUUGUUAUGGGGAAGAAAUUGAAUUAAUUUCGAGAGUCCUGUGCAAAUGAUGGUCUUUCUGGGUUGACCAAGGCUUCAGCUUCUACUAAUGUGGGAAAGAACCGGAAGCAGAUCCCUUGGGAGGAAGAAGUUGCUUAUACAAAUUUAUUUAACAAGUGCAUAGUAUCAAGCAUGAUUCAUUUUAUUGAGUCAUGCUUUGAUGUGAUCCAAGACUGAUAGCUGCUUCUAUGAGUAUGCUGUAUUCUAUUUUUAUUUUUUUGUGUAACUCUACCUUCAUCUAAAUACGUGAUUGUGUAUAUUUCUUUUGGUAGGAAAAUAUAAUGUGAUUGUAUAUUGAGGGACUUGAUUGGCAAGAAGCUUUGGCUAUGCUUUUUUAUCAAACUCACUCGGCGGCCGCUGGAGUCAUAAUACAUGAUGUAGACUUGCAUUGGAGGGCAACCCAACUUGGAGAUCUGUAUACAUUUUGAGUUUUUGGACA